CACCCUGCCAGAGAAGGCUGCCAAGAGAAGACCAGCCAGUGCUUCAUCUCUGAGACGAACCCAAGCGCUCUACAGGAGGAAAGGCGCUCGGUCACCACAGCACUAUGGAUCGAUUCCGGAAUGAUCUUCCAGUACUUCCAGUCCAAUUCAGAGUCCGUGACUAAUGGGAUAUGUGCACUGCUGGCAUUGGCAAGUGUAAAGAUGUACAGCUCCUUUGACUUCCACUGCCCUUGCCUUGCUAAAUACAACAUGGCGUAUGGCUUAGGAAUUAUGUUUAUCCCACCAGUGGCACUUUUCCUCUGUGGUCUCAUUGUCAACAGACAGUUUGUGGUGAUGCUUGAGGAGUGGAAAAGACCUACUGGGGACAGGAAGAAGAAUCUAGCCAUUAUCAGGUACAUGUGUUCCUCCGUUCUGCAACGGGCCAUGAUUGCACCUGUUGUUUGGAUCCUAGUCACCCUGCUCGAUGGAAAAUGCUUUGUCUGUGCUUUCAGCAGUUCUGUUGACCCUGAUAAGUUUCCAGGUUUCGUCACCAACAUCACACCUUAUAAUGAGGUACAGCGCUUGCUGUCCAAGGUCCCAUGCAAGGAUGAUGAACUCAUAAGGAACAAUACUUCCCGCAAGGCUGUAUCCAGGUACCUCAAAUGCUGGUCACAGGCUUUUGGAUGGAGCGUACUGCUGACCCUUAUAGUGAUCGCCUUCCUUGCCCGCUCUCUCCGGCCCUGCUUCAACCAGGCUACCUUCUUGCAGACUCGCUACUGGAGCAACUACAUUGAUAUUGAGCAAAAGAUUUUUGAUGAAACUUGUUGUGAGCAUACCCGGGACUUUGCACACAAGUGCAUCCUCCACUUCUUUGAGAGCAUGCAGAAAGAAAUUAAACGAAGGCGGUUCCAUGCCCACCCAGGAAAAGAGGAGGGGAAGGAAGGGGAGAAGGAUCACUUGCAGGGAAUCAGCAGCCAGGAGCAAGUGAACAAGCUUCUUCAAUCAUGGUACUACAGCAAACCGCCGCUGGAUUUGAGUGGAGGUACACAGAGGCAACCCCUGGGCACAGGGGGAAUAUCUAUGCCUUGGACAGGCAGUAUGAUUAACAGGUGGCAUCCCCAGCCAGGGACCACAAUUACAAGGCAAACAGACGUUUAA